UUCGAAUUUGCGCCUCCGAGCCGGCCGCGGUGGCGCUGGCAGAUCCGCGGGGAAGCUCACGUUGGGGAGUGAUUGGAACCGAGGCGUUUCGAAAAGUUCGUUCGAUCGAGAGGCGAGGUCGCGGCGGAGGAGAUGGCGGCGGCGGCGGCGGCAACGAUCGGGAUGAUGGACGGGGCGUACUUCGUCGGGAGGGGGGAGAUCCUCAGCUGGAUCAAUGCGACGCUCCAGCUCUCCCUCGGCAAGGUCGAGGAGGCGGCGUCAGGGGCGGUGCAGUGCCAGUUGAUGGAUAUGGUUCACCCUGGGGUGGUACCAAUGCACAAGGUGAAUUUUGAUGCGAAGACCGAGUAUGACAUGAUCCAGAAUUACAAGAUUCUUCAAGAUGUGUUCAACAAGCUGCGGUUAAGCAAGAAUAUUGAGGUCACCAAGCUUGUGAAGGGACGUCCAUUGGAUAAUUUGGAGUUUAUGCAAUGGUUGAAAAGAUAUUGUGAUUCUGUAAACGGCGGAAUCAUGAAUGAAAACUACAAUCCUGUAGAGAGGAGGUCUAAGGGUUGCAAAGAACGCAGUCUCAAGGGUUCCAACAAGUCAUCCAAAUCACUGCAAGCCAAUAGAUUGUCUAGUGCAAAUUCAGCAGAUGGAGGUCUAUGCAUUGGUAAAGUCUGUAAUGCCAUCGCUGAAGAGCAUUACAGAGAACAGAUUCAGCAGUUAUCAGAGAAGAUUGCAGACCUGAAGAUUUCUGUGGAUAGCGCAGAGAAAGAAAGGGACUUCUACUUCUCUAAAUUGCGGGACAUUGAGAUACUGUGUCAAAGACCUGAGUUGGAGCACCUACCGAUGAGUAAGGCUAUAAAGAAGAUACUUUAUGCCGCUGAUGCAAGAGAUUCACCAUUGCCUGAGGCUAACGAAAUAAUCACCCGGUCACCAGGCAUGUUCUCGGAUGAAGCCUAGUGAUAAAUGGCAUCAGCACACUCAAGCUAUACAGGAUAAUUUUGUGGUUAUCCUAUUUCCUCGUGUCAUUGUAACCCAGAAUAAUAUGUAAAUGAGUAAAUAACGUUUGACAUUAGCAACUGUUCGUGGCCAGUCCAUCGAAGCUGUCUUUGGUGCCGACUAUACUGUCAACUUACUGCCACUAGUUGUGAACUGAAGAUGCAUUUGGAAUGCUCUUAUCUUGUGAUUUGGUUCUCCUAUGAGAUAUUUACGACAUUCGACAGCUUGUAACUUGCUUUUUGUGGAAUGGUUAACUUUUUUUUUUUCCUGGAAUGGUUAUAUUGGAUUUCGAGUAUC